AUGGGGAAAGAUCGCGUUGGCGCCUCUGGAAAGAAAUUCCGUAUGACACUUGGUCUCCCUGUUGGUGCCGUCCUCAACUGUGCCGACAACAGCGGUGCCAAGUCACUAUUCAUAAUCGAGCCUUAUGGUUUCGGUGCACGACUGAACAGAUUGCCUGAUGCUGGUGUUGGUGACAUGGUCGUUGCAUCAGUAAAGAAGGGGAAACCUGAACUGAGGAAAAAAACUAUGCCCGCUGUUGUUGUCCGCCAACGCAAGGCAUGGCGUCGGAGAGAUGGUGUUUUCUUGUACUUCGAGGACAACGCCGGUGUUAUCGUUAACCCCAAGGGUGAUAUGAAGGGCUCCGUCAUCGUUGGCCCUGUCGCAAAAGAAUGUGUUGAUCUGUGGCCUCGUAUUGCAGCUAAGGCUGGCUCUGUUGUAUGA